AUGGCUUUGACGUCGAUGAUUACCCGGGUCUUCGAGAAACCCUGGGUCACCAAGGCGAUGACGCCGAUUGCCAACUGGUACUGCAAUGCCGCAGGAUACAGGAAGUUGGGCCUAAGAUAUGAUGAUUUGAUUCCAGAGGACAAUGACACUGUUCAGUUGGCGUUGAAGAGACUUCCUCCCAAGGAAGCCUAUGACCGCAUGUACCGCAUCCGCCGAGCCGUCCAGUGCUCUGUGGAACACCAGCUUCUGCCGGAGAAGGACCAUACCAAGCCAGAAGAUGAUAUCCGAUACCUCUCCCCCAUUAUCGAGGCCAUCAAGCGUGAGAACGCCGAGCGUGUCGAACUCGACUCCCUCAUCAUCAAGCGAUAA